GCAAAAGACGGUUUCCAAUUCGAGGCGCUCACCGAAAAUUUUGGGUUUGAUGACAUCGCUAUCCGAAACGAACGAGAAGCGCUCUUUUUUCCCUUCCUUCAAGAGCUUUUCCACUUGGAUUGUUAUCUUUCUUUAAAAAAUGGCCAAGCCAAUUUCCGCACGUGAAGCAUUUGAAUUGCACAAAUCGGCUGUGACCCGAGAUUUCAUUGCCAAACCACGUUUGGACUACCGCACAGUAACGGGUGUUAACGGUCCCUUGGUUAUUUUGGAUAAUGUCAAGUUUCCCAAAUUCUCUGAAAUUGUCGACAUUACAUUGCCUGAUGGAUCGGUCCGCGCUGGUCAGGUGCUUGAAGUUCAGGGCAAAAAGGCGGUGGUUCAGGUGUUUGAGGGCACCACCGGUAUUGAUGCCAAGCAAACCCACGUCAAGUUUUCCGGCAACACACUCCAGAUUCCCGUGUCUGAAGAUAUGUUGGGUCGUGUCUUCAACGGUUCCGGUAAACCCAUUGACAAGGGUCCCAAAGUGUUUGCUGACGAUUACUUGAGUGUCGAUGGCUCUCCCAUCAAUCCUUACUCGCGUAUCUAUCCAGAAGAAAUGAUUCAGACCGGUAUUUCAGCUAUUGAUACCAUGAACUCUAUUGCUCGUGGUCAGAAGAUCCCCAUUUUCUCAGCAGCCGGUCUUCCUCACAACGAGAUUGCCGCCCAGAUCUGUCGUCAGGCCGGCCUUGUCCAGAAACUCGCUCCCACCAAGGAUGUGCAUGACGGUCAUGAGGACAACUUCUCCAUCGUUUUCGGUGCUAUGGGUGUCAACAUGGAAACCGCUCGCUUCUUCAAACAAGAUUUCGAAGAAAACGGUUCCAUGGAACGUGUGACUCUGUUCUUGAACUUGGCCAACGAUCCUACAAUUGAACGUAUCAUUACACCUCGUUUGGCUUUGACCACCGCCGAAUAUUACGCUUACCAGCUUGAAAAGCACGUAUUGGUUAUCUUGACCGAUAUGAGUUCUUAUGCGGAUGCUUUGCGUGAAGUAUCGGCGGCUCGUGAAGAAGUGCCCGGUCGUCGUGGUUACCCCGGUUACAUGUACACGGAUUUGUCCACCAUUUACGAACGUGCCGGUCGUGUCGAAGGCCGUAACGGUUCCAUUACCCAGAUCCCUAUUUUGACCAUGCCCAACGAUGAUAUUACCCACCCUAUUCCCGAUUUGACGGGUUACAUUACGGAAGGACAGAUCUUUGUCGAUCGACAGUUGCAUAAUCGCCAGAUCUACCCACCCAUCAACGUCUUGCCUUCCUUAUCGCGUCUCAUGAAGUCCGCCAUUGGUGAGGGUAUGACCCGCAAGGAUCACGGUGAUGUGUCCAAUCAAUUGUAUGCCAAAUACGCUAUUGGUCGUGAUGCUGCUGCUAUGAAGGCUGUGGUUGGUGAGGAAGCUUUGAACCAGGAAGAUAAGCUGUCUUUGGAGUUCUUGGAAAAGUUUGAAAAGACUUUCAUUGCUCAGGGUCCUUACGAAUCCAGAACCAUUUACGAUUCACUUGAUCUUGCAUGGUCAUUACUUCGUAUCUUCCCCAAGGAAUUGUUGAACCGUAUCCCGCAAAAGGUAUUGGCUGAAUACUACCAGCGUGACCGCAAGACCAAACGUUCCAAGGGUGUCUUUGAUACCACCGAGGAACCUGAGGAAGAGUAAAAACGAGUGCAACGUCUCGAAAGGAUGUUAUUUUUUGUUUCCUUGACACUUUUCUUUUCUCAUCUUCUUUUCUUUUCCUCCUUCGUUUCUUAUUUUUUUUUCCCAAAUACCACAAUCACCUUUUUUUUUCCCUCCUUUUUGUUUUAUUGGAACAAGAAAAUAAACAGUAACUAGGAGACGCUCAA